AGAUGAACUCCUCAAGUGUUAAAGGUAGAAACAUAAAUCUCUUGAACAAGAAAACCUCGUUUCAUUCAAACACAGCAGGGAAAUUUAAAAUGACACUUUAUUUACACUCAGAGGCUACAGCUUCAUAUACUCCAUAAAACCAUAUAACUAACUCUAGUUAUAUAUAUAUAUCACAGUUUAAUGCACUUUGAUUCUAACACAGUAGAAUGCCAUCAGAGGAAGCAGACCCAGGCAGAGUCACAUGUCUGCUCUGAAGUCAGCUGACAGUGAGACUUCAUAAAGGCAACAACAAGCCUCCCUCUGCAGUCUGCAGCCUUCAUUAUUCAACCCUCCGAGAAACACUCACACAGACAGCCAGGAACCAGCGGAGUCAUGCUGCUCCUCACUCUCCUCUUUGUGUCUUCAGCUUUCGCUACCCCUCUGCUUGGCACCGAGCAGUGCGCCCGUGGCCCCCCCUACUGGUGUCAGAAUGUAAAGACGGCGUCUCUGUGUGGCGCGGUGGCUCACUGCCAGCAGAACGUGUGGAACCAGCCUCAGAUGAAAUCUGUGCCAUGCGACUUGUGCAAAGAGGUGAUGAUUGUGGUUGGACAGAUCCUGAAGGACAACGCCACAGAGGCUGAGAUCCUGGGGUACCUGGAGAAGGCCUGCCAGCUCAUCCCUGAUCAGAGCCUGACUGCCGAGUGUAAGGAGAUGGUGGACAGCUACUACCCUAUCCUCAUUGGGAUCAUCACAGGAGAGCUGGAGGAUCCUGGUGUGGUGUGUGGAGCCAUCGGCCUGUGUCAGUCUCAGCAGGCAGCCCUGGCUAAGUUUGAGAAACAGGGGCAGCUCAUGUCCAAUGAAAUCCCUCAGGUUGACCUCUCCCAGAGAGUUGCCCCUUUCCUUCUGAACGUCCCCGGGCUCCUCUAUCCUCAGGAGAACAAGAAGGUGGAGGCCCCGAAACAGGAGGCACCAAAGCAGGAAGACGACGACGUGUGCCAGGACUGCAUUAAGUUCCUCACUGACGCUCAGAAGGAAGCCAAGGUCAACUCCUCAUUUGUUGAUACUCUCAUCGCCAACAUCGAGAGCCAGUGUGACCUGCUGGGACAAGGCCUGUCUGAAAUGUGCAAGGAGUACAUCAGCGAGUACGGUGCUGUUGUUGUGCAGCAGCUCAUGUCCAUGCAACCCAAAGACAUCUGCGCCCACGCUGGUUUCUGUGCCGAGAUGAAGAAGUCCGUUCCCAUGAUGACACUGAAGGCCGCCAAGAUGGUGCCUGCCGCCGAGACCGUACCCGCCGCCAAAUCUGUCCCCGCUCUCAAGCUCAUCCCCGCCACAAAGGUGCAGCCUGCCGCCGACAAGCCUGCUGAGCGCAUGGUGCGUGUCCGGGAUUCCCCAAAGUGCUCCAUCUGUGAGUUUGCAAUGAAGGAGGUGGAGAACAUGCUGGAGGAUCAGGCGACAGAGGAGGAGGUGAUUCAAGCCGUGGAGAAGGUGUGCACCAUUCUGCCCUCCACUCUGAGCGCUCAGUGCAAGGACCUGAUCGAGACCUACGGCUCCGCCAUCAUUCAGCUCCUGGUGCAGCAGGCCGACCCCAAGACCGUGUGCACGGUGCUGGGUCUGUGCAACGAUCCCAGCCGCACUUAUGUCGCUGCUCUCGACCAGACCCGCUUCAAGGCCGGGGGUUACUGCGACGUGUGCAAGAUGGCCGUCAGGUACAUCGACGGGAUCCUGGAGAAGAACGCUACAGAGGCUCAGAUCGAGGAGGCCGUGAGGAAAGUGUGCAGCUUCCUUCCAGACGCUUUCCAGACGGAGUGUGACCAAAUGGUGGAACAAUAUGAGCCGAUGCUCAUCCAGCUGCUGCUGCAGAUGUUGGACCCAGACUUUGUGUGCAUGAAAGUGGGAGCGUGUCCUGAGACCCUGCGCAGGCUGCUGGGAACAGAGCAGUGCAGCUGGGGGCCGGCAUUCUGGUGCAAGAACAUCCAGACAGCGACCCGGUGCAAUGCUGUGGCUCACUGCAAACGUCACGUGUGGGUAUAAAGGAGGAGGAGGAGGAGCACAAACUGACCUGUAGGGAAUUAAAAGAAACAACUGUAGUGCUGCUUUCCACUUUUAAUUUGUGUCCUGUUUUUCUUUUUAAUGGACUUGCAUGACUGCAGUUUGUGUAAAUUAACUUUGAUAUUGUGGAUAAUGUCAUGGUGGAAAGGGACUGGAUCUGUUGUGUGUUUCCAGGCGGGUGGGGAGGGAAAUGAAAGGAUUGAUUGUGUGUAUAGUUCACAGCAGCUCGGCCCGUCACUGCUUCGCUGUCAGGCUUUGAAUCAUCUUGGUUGUCCUCGCCCGUUUUGCUGGUUGUGGUGUUAGAUCACAAACUCAUGUUGUAUAAUAAAGACCGGCGUCAGAAGGCCCCCCGCUCUGAUCUGCCCCCCCCCCAGCUCCAUUUGAUUCCCUCUCCCAGGACGGACCGACUGCUGACUCGACAGGCUUUUCUUUUAGCAGUCUCUGAUCCUUCCACAGAUCUACAUUUUGUAGACAGAACAUGUGUGUUGUUGUUUUAGGGGGCGGGUUUGGAGGUAAUUAGUCUCAGAGUUUACCUCUCUGUCACCUCCCAUUGUUUGCACUCUUCUACUGUUUGUAAAUCACUGCCUUUCUAACGUACAGAAAGCAUCUCCUGUUUGAUUGUCCGCUUUAAAGCCUGAGCCAACUGUCAGUUGAUCUGAGAAUUUUUAACAAUUAAAGUGAUCCCAAUCCAA